AUGGGUUAUAUUUAUGAGUUGAUGGAUUCAGCUAAGGAGAACAUUGCAUUUAAUUGUGGGGGCGUGGAGAGAAAAUAUGACCCAAUUUGGAGAAAAAUUGAUGCAAGAUGGACUCUGCAACUUCAUCAACCUUUACAUGCAGCAGGUUAUUAUCUUAAUCCUCAAUUGCGGUAUGGAGAUAAGUUCUCUAAUGUUGAUGAGAUUGAGAGAGCAAAGUCUACAAAGGAACAAAAUGUUGAUCCGAUUUUGGUAGAGGAGAUUGAUUCGGAUGAUGAAUGGAUUGCGAAGAAAGAAGAUCCCCUCCUCCCCCUUGACCUUUGUUGGCUUCAAGAUAAUGAGUUAUUCAGUGUUGAUGCUAUUAGAGUUGUGUCAUCCAACUCCCAAGAGACUCAAGCAUCAUCGGAUCACAUGGUUUCUUCACAUUCUUACAAAAGGAAACAUAAUGAAGUACCAAGUACAAGUGGAGGCAAAGGCAAAGAGAAGGAGUUGAAUUUGACACCAAUUGAUGAAGAUGAAGAUUUACAUGAAAUGGGAAUACAUGAUAGUGGACAUUUUCCUACUAUUGAUACAUUGGAUGAGGAUGAUGAUGACCUUGGAGAGGAGGAUUUAAGUUGAAACAAUUUACUCUAGUUGUUAUUUCAUGACUUAGGUAUGGAUUUUUUUGUAAAAGUUUAGAACUAUUAUUAUGGUUGACUCUAUUUUCUAUUUUAUGACUUAGUUAUGGCUUUUUGUUAAAGUUUGAAAC